AGAACAGAAAUAUUUCAAGUCAUUCAAAACAUCAACCACAAAAUGGCUUUACGUACCCACUCUCUCUCCCCCCACUCUCUCAAUUUCUCUGCCUCUCUUGUCAAAAUCCCUACUUUCCAAACCCUAACUGUAAACCGAAUUCACCUGCGAUGCCGGAGAUUGAGUUCAUUUCGUCGGCGCUUGUAUUUACCGGCCAUUACCGCUGCUCUGCCACAUCUUGAUCUAAACGAGGAUAACGUCAAACAAGUUCUGAUAGACGCUAAAUCAGAGUUUGCCCAGAUCUUUGACGCAUCAGUGGGCAUAACUGGGGAGGUUCAUCUUGCUGAAUUGGAUGGUCCUUUUGUGAAGCUAAGGCUUCAGGGCCGGUUUUGGCACAAGAGAGAAACAGUUCUGGCAAGGUUGGCUAAUUAUCUCAAGAAUCGGAUUCCGGAAGUUCUGGAAGUGGAUAUAGGAGAUGAUAAGCAAUUAGAUGACAGUUCUGAAAAUUUUUGAGUGCCAUCAAAGCCACCGUCGAAGCGCCAAAAUAUCAACUUUGCAGCACCACAAUGGUCAAAUAUCAACUUCGUGAUGCUGAGUUCUCUAUUGCAUAGUGGUGUUGUGUCAUAAUCCAUAGCGCCUCAGCGCCCAAAUUGCCCUCACAACGCUGAGCUUUUAAAAGUCAUUAAUGCCGCAGCGUAGUAGUUAUAACUUUUCAAGGACACGAUCUAUCAGUGAAGUGACGUGACUGUUCACUAAGGAAUUGAUCCACAUCAGCAAGCGCCGCAACGGCACCAGAAAAAUAAUGCAGCAGCAUUAGUUCAUUUAUUGGGCUCAGCGGUAUUGAUCUUUAUAGUGCCAAACGUCUAUUUUGUGUUUUUUUAUAAAUAGUAAUUGUGUUAUAUUUGUAAGAGGUUCAAUCAUUUAUUUAAUUUCAAUCCAAUUCAA